UGUGUGUGUGUGUGUGUGUGUGAGUGAGAGUGUGCGCGCAUGAACGUGUGGGUGUGUGCUGCACCAGACAUCAGCAGCAGGUUGAGAGCCGACACACAGAGGAAGCAAGAGAGAGAAGAAAAGAAUAAGGGGGAGAAAGAAAAAGAGAAAGAGACUGCUUCAUUCAGUCCUCUGAGAGAACUUCAAGACAGCCUCCUGCAGCUCUGACCGCACAGUUAAAAUGUUGCCUGGUACCAGGCCCUUGCUGCUGUGUGUGCUGUGUCAUGUGACCACCGCAUGGGCGUUUGCCCGCAUGUCUGACGCCGUGGAGCUGCGGUCUGCGUUCUCUGUGGCACGUACCAGCAGCAUGGAGGGAGGGCCCAAGAUGGUCAUCACCUUCGACAAGGUGUAUGUCAAUAUCGGUGGUGAUUUCGAUCCGAAGGCUGGCUUAUUCCGCUGCAGGAUUCCGGGUGCGUACUAUUUCUCCUUCACGGUGGGGAAGUUCCCGCGUCGAGACCUGUCGGUCAUGCUAAUGAAGAACCGCAAUGAGGUUCAGGCGAUUGUCUACGACGAGAACGCCGGAGAGGAGCGGAAAGUGCAGAGCCAGAGCGCCAUGCUCCAGCUUGAUUUCGGAGACACCGUCUGGCUUCGUCUUCACGGAGACCCUCGCUACGCUAUCUACAGCAACACGGGUCAUUACACCACCUUUAACGGUUACCUGAUCUACCCCGAUGUGUACGGCUACCAAGAGCCCACACACAAAGAUCAUAACAGUGACCAUCAACCACCGAAAACCAGCGAUCACUCACUAACUGAGCAUGAAAAUACAAUUACCAAAGACACUAGUGUGAGUUUGAAAGAAGAGAGACGGGAUGAAGAGAUAAAAGAGGAGGAUGGGAGAGAAGGAGAGGAGGAAGACGAUGACCAGCGGUCAGCAUUCUCAGUGGGCCGCACUCAGAGUAUCGUGGGAGUGGAUCAAGGAUACCCUGAGCACCAGCCCAUCGUCUUUGACACAGAGUUUGUCAACAUCGGCAACGACUUCAACUUGAGCUCUGGUCUGUUCAAAUGCAGAGUAGCAGGAGCCUAUUACUUCUCCUUCAAUGCUGGCAAGCUGCCCCAUAAGACCCUGUCAGUGAAGCUGAUGAAGAACCAUUUGGAAGUGCAGACCAUGAUCUACGAUGAUAGCGACACUGAGAAGGCCCUGCAGAGCCAGAGUCUGAUGUUGUCACUGCAGGCUAGAGAUACUGUCUGGCUCUACAGCCACCAGAGGGAUGGAUUUGGUGCUUACAGUAAUCACGCCAAGUAUAUCACUUUCACUGGCUUCCUGGUGUAUCCUGAGCUCCACCGAAGCCUUCCUCAGCAGCAGAAACCAGAUAAGACACUGUAGGCCAGCCAAGGAGCCAGUCAGUCUGGGUCUUUAGGAAGGUACUAGUUUCGAGCAGCGCUUGUGUGGAAAAAAUGUGAGUUCCCUUCACGUAAUCUUCUAAACUCUAGAGAUUCUUCAGAUCCCAUAUUAGAAAUCCCUUCAGCUCUUGUUUCUACCCUGUUUUAUCUAGUUUUAGGAAAUGACUAAGUCAAGCAAGCAGCACCUGUAACAAUUUAGUUUAACUCAGCAUCCCUAAAGUCACCAUGAAACGGAAAUUGCGAUUAUCUUUUCUUUCCUAUUGUGACAACUUCUCGAAUGAGAAAAAAAUGUAGGGCAGCACUUGAUUUUGUCCAUCCGGAAUUAAUUGGAUCAUUGUUGUUUGCUAACUGAGUGAUCUCAUGUGAGUGGCAGGUUGCUGGAUUAUUGCCCAGCCAGAGCAUACAGAGGGAUGUUUUCGGGAGGGGAUAUUAAUAUUUGUUAUUAAUAAUUACGACAGCACAUACCAUUUUUUAACCAUUAUGUGCAUGGCUACAUCAAUUAUAAUAAAUACUUCAACAUUCCAUAAAAAAUAAGAAUUGUCUGUUUUGAUUUUAUGGUGACUUUAAGCCCUUGGAUGCUGAGUUCUCACAAUAAUAUAAUGAUAAAAUACAAACAGGUCACUUUUAAAUAAAAAUAAUUUGUAAAAAUUAAAAAAUUAAAUACAUUAUUAAAAAAAAAAUAUUAAUUAAAAAGGGUAAGUAAAAGUCAAUAUAAAACUAAAUACACAGCUUGACUGAAUGAUCUGAAGUUCUUAGCACUAAAGCACCAAUCUCCACAGAGGCGCAGAGUGUUUCAAUACGAUUGUUAAAUGCAUGCAUGUUUCAAAUAAGAAAUUUUGUUGUCUUUGAAGCUUUUGCAUGAAAGAUUUGCACGAGAGUACUGUCUUCUGCUUUUCUAUCUAUUAUUUCCAGUGUUAAAUCUGUUAAUGUCUCAAAAAAAAAAAUCAUGUAGUCAAAUUCAUGUAGUCAGUCAAUAAUCACUCUGGUUUUGGAACAGCACUACACAUUUGAACUGAGGACCGCUUCUGUAAAUGUAUUAUGUUUGGCCAAAAACUUUGCCAAAUGUAGCACAGGCUGACAGCUUCUAAAGAAACAAUGAUUUUAUUCACUGCCAAAUACAUGUACACCAACUGAUGCUAAUGAUUUUGGGAAAAUAGUUCAGCAAAUAUUAAUGAUUAUAUUUUGUAACAAAAAUCUAUCAAAGAUGUCGAUCAUUUUGUAGAAUUCACCUGGUUCAUGCUUUUGUGUGUAUAUGGCCAUAAAGAUUUAUUUAGUUGAUGAAGCAUUAUGUAAUAUGAAGUGCACAAUUCCAAAAUGUAAAUACUUCUGUGUUUUUUAUCCAUUUCUAUUUAAGUAAACGUUUGCAUUUCUAAUUCUGUGCCUGGUCUUAUGUACUUUUCUGUAUGCGUUUAAUCUGAUAAAUAACCUUUGUGAACGAGUGCUGGAUAAGCUUUUCAAUGUUUGUGCAGUAUGAGCUACUUUGUAAAGUACCGUAAAAGUGGUUUCAGUGUACGCUGGAUUCUUAUUGUGGAAGAAGCCAGUCCUCAGAAGCAAGCCAAAUAAAAACUCUGAAUGUAAA